UCCAGCCCUCCACGGCACAUGACAGUAUAUUUGACAUCCCUAUAUGUCAAAUAGUGUGCUAUGAUUGGUGGAUCGGUGACAGUUAGUCUAGAACUAAUGUGUGUAGUGACAGUCCGUAAGAAGUAAACAUACUGCGUCGAUUACACAUAGAAAAAAAAGUUCGCAUGUAGUGCACGGAUCGAAAUGGUUCAGAAUUAGGACAGCUUCUGAGCGCGUAACAGUUAGCGCGAUGGUGCUUAGCGCUGAUCAUACCCCCACUGCCGACUAUUUCGAAAUGGCUAAUCCCGGUGUUUUUGAUCAACAGGAUGAGAUCCAUUCGUUCAUUGAAGCUCUGCUUCCCCAUGUUAAGGCCUUUGCUUAUACCUGGUUUAAUUUGCAAGCAAGAAAGCGAAAGCAUUACAAGAAACACGAAGUUCGAAUGACACCGGCUGAGGAAAAGAGAUGUAAAGAGGAAUUGGAUGCUGAAGCUCCUGAAAUUAAAACUAAAUGGGCCUCUAGGUUACUUGGUAAACUAAGAAAAGAUAUAAAUGAUGAGUGUAGAGAAGAGUUUGUCACUGCGAUCGCCGGAGCGAAGCCCGGCUCGAGCUGUCGUUGUGUCAUUUCAAAACAUGACCAGAAAGGCAAAAUGCGUCGAAUCGAUUGCCUUCGCCAGGCAGACAAAGUCUGGAGGUUGGACUUAGUAAUGGUGAUUUUAUUCCGGGGAAUUCCUUUAGAGAGUACUGAUGGUGAACGGCUUGGAAAAUCCGAAUAUUGCCAUCAUCCAGGGUUGUGUGUUUUACCAAACCACAUCACAGUCACAGUCAGGGAACUGGAUUUGUAUCUUACCAAUUUUAUGUGCACAAGAGAGCAUAAAGAAGAUUCCGACACUCGGAGUGGCCACGGUUCGCCCGCAGACCAGCAAGCUCGAAUACAAAAACUAUCAAGGGAGAAUAACCUUGUCCUUUCUGGUGUUUUUACAGUUCCAGAGCUGUACAAGUGUUCAAAAACUCCUAUCAAUUAUGGUGGUUCUAAUCAAGGUCUGGUAUUAUCUGGCUUUGAAAGCCCACCCUACAUGCCAGACACAAGCCUUGAGCAGCGAUUCCCACAAGCUUUGAACAUCCAUCAAAGGUCAGACCCUUUUGAGAUGCGCUACAGAAAGAAAAGCAGAACACUCAGUUCAAUUUCUUCGGUUGAUGAAGACUUGGGGGAUGAAGAAUAUGUGCAUUCACCCUCUGGUUUCUCGCCACAGACAAGUGGUUGGCCGAAUGAAAUGGAUGGAAGUGUGGUUCAAUCUCCAGUUAUGCCCUUCCCAGUAAAGAUUAAACCAGAGCAGAACUGUGGCACCUAUGAAAUGAUUGGCCAACAGUCGAAUAUUCAGUGUUGUGGUAUGAAUGAACCACAAUCUCCAUCAAUGAACAGCUACAACACACAACAGCAGCAGCAGCAGCAGCAGCAACAGCAACAAGGUCAGCAAAGACCCCUGAUAUCACCUGAUUUUAACAAUAACAUGAGUGAUGCUUAUUUACAAGCAAUGACUGGACAGAAGAAUCUUGGCCCUAUGGGGAACAUGCAUACACAAGCACAGGCCUUCCAGUUCAGAAUUCCAGGACCAAUGCCAACUGUUGGUUCUGCUCCUAGCCGCACUGGACAAUUAGCCACAGAAUAUAUUCAGUACUUGGACAGACCUCGUUCUAGUUCUGUACCAACCCCUCGUCAGAUGGGUAUGGGACCUUCUGCUGUCAUACCACCCUCUUCACUAAGUAGGGCACAGAGCCACGGCAGUUCUGUCAAUGCAAGUGUUAGUUCAAAUAAUAUGGGAAGCACAGACCAAGUAGUGUCAUCGGCAACGAGACAGUCACCAGUACCAUCAAGCCCUUCAAGUAGAAGUCCAACUUCUGGUAUUACACUAAAAACUACUUUACAAAUAAUACAGGCUGCUGUCAGCAACUCCCAAACAUGUGCUCCUACGCUAAACAACCAGUCACAAGCGUAUUCAUAUGGCAACUAUAACAGCAAUCAAGUGUCACCAGCAUCUAUGAGUCCAAACAUACCGAUGGGAAUGGCACAAAGGUUCCGUCUACCUACACCACCACCACAUUUAUCAGGUAGCAACCCCACAGAUGAUGACGCAGGGGAUCAGUACCAACAGAUUGUACAGACUUUGAAUGGCAUGACAUCUGAUGUUACUAUGCUAGAAAGUAAGACUACAUUGUAGUUAAACCUGCUUGCCUUGUUCAGUUAUCCCAGAUGAAAGGAACUACUUUCAAAUAAGCAACAGUGUUUCAGGAGCGACUGCUUGAAUAAAGGAUAUCUUCUUAAACAAAAUGGUCCUAAGGAGCUGUACCUUUCCGUCCAUGUAUCUGAGUAUUAUCUAGCGGAAACAAAAGGUUGGUGGACUGAAGAACAUGAAAGCUCUGCCUCUUACUUGGUUAGUACGCUUACCCUCGGGCUGGCUGGCACUUAUUGUUGUGUUAUGGCUGCUCAUAACACAGAUAUUAAUGACUUAACUUGCAAAUAUGAAAUUUAGAUUGUUAUAAAUAGACUCAGUCUCGUACAAGAAGUCUUUCUUAGUCUCUUGGCACGAGUUAAUCACGCAGCACAAGCGCACGCACUCACUCGCACUCUCGCAUUCUUUAAUUAACGCAUAUUUAAGAUAUACUAUACGUGAUAUCGUUUAGAAUAAUCCAAGGGCUAAAGCUUGUUUUUUCGUUGUCCUACAUCUUCCUUAUUUAGCGAGAAACCAGUCUUUAGACUGAUUCGAAUUUCAGAAAAAUAAUAAGGCACACGUUUAAUAGCCUCGAUGAAUCUGGGAUGCAUGUCUGGAAAUAACGUGAUAAUAUUAGAGGAGAAAACCUCACUCUUGGGACGAUGAAUCGUCUUAAAGUAUUAUUCCCGUAAAUUAGGUGUUUUAAAAAUGUGAGCUCUAGAAGAGAAUAUUUGAAUAUUUUUCGUGGAAAAUUUUAUAGAAUGAAACUAUUUUCUUCGUGAUUUAAUGAAAGAAAUUUGAAUAAAUUAAAUAUCAAUUGCAGUAACACUGGAAUACAACCAUAAAAAAGAACCUGCUGUAAUUGUUAGAAGUGCUUUUCCCUAUUAACAUGUGGCAUUUCGGUUAAAACCAAAAUAUUUUGUAGUUUUAGGGGCAGGUCCUCAGUCUCUUCUUCGACUGUCUGUCUGUCUGUCUGUGCAAUCAAAAAAUCAUUACGUUCCCAGGGAGCCUAGUUGAUACUCGUAUUCGUCGCUGUUGGGUCAAUAAAAAAACCUACCAAAAGUAAAAUUUAGGUGUAUACUACAUUUGGCUCUUUGACAUUCUCGUUUCCAGACCCUACUCAGCCAAACCGUAGCCUACCAAAUGAGUAGGGUCUGGGAACGAGAAUAGCUCUUAAACAGCCGCGUGUCCUGGGAACAAGAAUGCCAUGCACUAUUGAUUUAUCGAUUGAUCUUUUAUCAAGUACAACCAUUAAGAUAAGCAAUAUAUCGUGCGCUUUAUUAUAAAUUUUCGAUGUGUAUAUUAUUUAUAGAAAAUAUAGUUAAACGAUGGUUUGUAGAGAAAGAAUGAUUAUUUGUACUGCGCACUUCUUACACACCUUUCUAGUAUCAAACGAAUUAUUUGACAUGAUUUUUAUAAAGUAGACGCAGAUAUCUAUCAUAUUUGGCAUUCGUUUUUUAUCAAAGAGUUAUUGUUUCUUGUCUGUGCUGUAGCUACUGGUGUGUGUUUGUAAGACAACCAUACGAUCAGAUUACUACAGAACGGCACACUGUUAUGUCAUGUAGUGACACCGACGCAUUGUGCAUCUUGGUGAAAAGAUUUUACAUUGAUUUUAGCUUUGCACUCUCUCCUCCACCUCCUCGUGGUUUCUAUAGCUUUUUUUGUGCCCUACAUCUUCAGCCGUGUUUUAUUAGAGAACAUAACAUAGCUAAGCCUGACCUAUUUUGUUAAGUUAUAUGAUGACCUUUACCUAGGGGACGGGUGAGGGUGCACAAUGCAAUAUCUACUAAACAGUGUGCCUCUCUGUUGAUGAGUAGCUUACCACACCCAGGCAUGCUCAAUCAGUGGUGUUGGUAUUUAAGGGGUGUAACAGACAGACAUCUUAAAGUAUCUUGAUUAUAGUGCGGUAUUUAACCAAACCAUGUAAAGUGGUUUGGACAUAGUGUUUUGAAUACAUAGAAUAGAUAGAAUACUGAUCAACACGAUGAUAUUAUCAUUGUAGGUCACAGUACUAGUCUGAACAACUUGAUGGACUGUUCUUGACCUGUUCCCUUGAUCAUGUUCGACCCAGCUUUGUAUAGGUCUAUACAUCAUGAUAUGGAAUUGUUCAAGUUCAUGUCUUUCCUUUUGAUAUGAACAAUGCUUUAUUGCACUGUUUUUUAAUGGGGGGGGGGGGGGGGUAAUGUUAAUUUGUAUGAUAACCAGGGGGGAUCCAGUAGGGGAGAAGCAAGGCCUUCUAGCCUGAAGGAUUUCUUCUAAGGUGGCUUUAUUUGGAACUCAAACAGCCAAAUCACGCUUCUCUCCCUUUUGUUAAUUUGCUGGAUCCGCCUCUCGUAACUUCAAUAAAGAGCAAAUUUCUCAUGACUUUGAAAAGGUACAGGCUUGCCUGAUGACUUUGAUUGGAUGGGAUCAUGACCAGCAAUAUCAACCGUUGCUGGCUUCAUUGGUUAAUGUCCAGCUUUUCAUAUUCAUAAGAAGUGUGCUCUAACAAUAACGUACAAUUUUGUUGUCUGAUUGAGGUAUCCUUAAUUUACACAUGAUUUUUCGGUAAUUACUUUGUAUAAUGAUUUUUCUCAUCAUGAUUUGGUGGGCCUUCUGAACUAAUUAUCUUAUGAAGAGAUCCAAGUUUGUAGUAUAGUUUAAUGUAGAGAUCAUUCCUUACAAAUGAAUGCAUAAUAUAAUAUUGAGAAUAAUAUUAAUACUGCUAAAUUCAAAGCAGAUGAUUUUUUUACACUGAGUUGUUAGAUUUUAUACAUAGUCAGAGGAUAUUCUAUGUUUUGUAAAAAAGUGUGUUACAAUAUACCCUGCGAGCAGAGUCUCCUUUUAACUCCUCUACGGGCGAAAAAAGGAGACUGCUCGCAGGGUAGUUACAAUAAUGUUUGUCUUUAGAAUGUACUAAUAGCAGAAACAGAAUGAAGAAUACAAGUAGAAUCUCCAAGGCUUAAAAACAUACAAAACGAAGUCUUUAUAAGAAUUUUAUCAGUAAUAUAUAUAUAAAUGAACAGAAAAGCUGUAUGUAAGUAAGAAAGGUUUGGAAGAGUUUUGUAUCUUUUUGGUCACCUAGUAUAAUGUACCAGUUCUUAACAGGAUGUGUCUUCGUGCCUUAUUGGGAAAUCAGGUCACGUGGUGUCGUUUCUAUGGCAAUCACGAUGACGCAAUCAACUUGUACGAGUGUGGAGAAAAACUGUUAUAGACCCGUUCUUGCAAGAAAAGUGUGAAUUUCAACUUUUUCCGAGUCUGAUUUCCAAACGAUAAUGUCAAGAUAAAUCGAUCGACUGAACGUUCCUUAUUUUUGCACAACUUCAGUAAUCAAAUUCUCUCCUUAUACGGUCUAAGUUUUUGCCAUACUUGUACAGAGUCGCUCUGCCAGCUAUAGCUUAUUGCAUUAGCGCUUGGUCAGUCCCCUACUUGCAGUGCUCUGCUUGUGUGUUAAUUUUCCCGUCCUCCGCCUCUACGUAAAACAUUUUGUGCAAGGCAUCUAGAUUUGCCCCACACUCUCCCCCCCCCCCCCCCCCCCCCCCCCCCCCACUGUCACUAUUUCAUGCAAGGCUGUUUGCGGUAAGAGGGAAGACUGACUAUGCUUAAUUGCUGCUCAAAUCAAGGAUCUAUUCAAGUUAAACCCUGAUGUUCCUUGCUCGAGCAGCCGAUGGAUCGACCUGUUUGUGACUGCCCAUCAACCAAAACUCAACGUUUCCACGUGAAAACAUGUUGACAGUGGUCUGCUGUUUGAAGUCCUUCGGAAUACCUGAGAUCUGUCUAGUGUUUUGGACUAGAGGUUUCAAACACGAGAUCACAGCAAUCGUUCCAUCGACUUAGUCUGCGGCACAAGGUCCUUUUUCUUUUUCAAAUUUUUGUUGCACCUAAGUCCAAUGUCAGUGACUUUUGAUUACCCUUAAAUUAAUAUUAUGGCUAUUUCUUUAUCUACUUUUCUUCGUUUACUGCACUAAGCGAGCACUAGGUAAUAUUGUGGGAAUUUCUUUCACUUUCUAUUACUUUUGCUAAGAUCAUGUGAUCGCUACCACGUGAUGGCGUAGCUGUUACGUGACCUGAUUCCUUUGUAACAUAUCGCGCACUGAAUGAAUAAACCUUCCUUUGAAUAA